AUGGAGACAGGGGACUCGGGGCGUCUUGCUGUCUCUUUCUUUUUUCGCCUCCGGUGGCUGCCGCCGGUCCCGCUGCAGCAGCUGCAGCAGCUGCAGCAGCUGCCGCAGCUGCAGCAGCUGCAGCAGCCGCAGCAGUUGCGGCAGCUGCAGCAGCUCCCGGCGUUUCCUGGGGUGUACUCGCUCCAGCAGCAGCAGCAGCAGCAGCAGCAGCAGCAGGGGCCCCCGACUUGGGGCGUCUGUACACACUCUUCUGCCCGGCAGCGGGGGCUGCGAGACUUCCUUUGGAAGUCCCCGGGGGCCCCGGGGGGCCCCCUGCCCCGCAUUGCUGUGGUGGUAAGAAAGAGGCCCCUGAGUGCCCUGGAGGAAAUGAGGAAUGACAUAGACCUUGUGAGAGUGAAGGGGGGCCAGACAGUUGUGUUGGAGGAGCCCAGCAGCAUAAAACCAAAGAAAAGCAGCAGCCGAUAUGCUACAGCCGCCCAUGAGCUGCUGCUGCAGCAUGAGCUGCAGCAGCAACUGCAGCACCUGCAGCAGCACCUGCAGCAGCACCUGCAGCAGCACCUGCAGCAGCACCUGCAGCAGCACCAGCACGAGCACCAGCAGCACCAGCACCUGCAGCAGCACCAGCACGACCAGCAGCAGCAGCAGCACCAGCACCAGCACCUGCAGCAGCACCAGCACGACCAGCAGCAGCAGCAGCAGCACCAGCACCACCACCAGCAGCAGCAGCACCAGCACCUGCAGCAGCACCAGCACGAGCACCAGCAGCACCAGCACCAGCACCUGCAGCAGCACCAGCACGACCAGCAGCAGCAGCAGCAGCAGCAGCAGCACGAACACCAGCACCAGCACGACCAGCAGCAGCAGCAGCAGCAGCAGCAGCAGCAGCAGCAGCAGCAGCAGCAGCGGGUGUGUCUGCAGGGAAAAGGCGCGAACUCUGUGAACGACGAGUCCUCGCGGUCGCACGCAGUGCUGCAAAUUCACCUGCGGAACAAACAAGGAAAAGUGGCAGGGCGGCUGGUGUUCAUCGACCUGGCGGGGAGCGAGCGGGGCGCGGACACGCUGCAGCAGCCGCGGCAGACGCAGCAAGACGGGGCGGGGAUCAACCGCUCUUUGCUGGCGCUGAAGGAAUGCAUUCGAGCCAUGGACAAGGAGCAGCUGCACAUUCCUUUUCGGGACUCGGAGUUGACCAAAGUGCUGCGCGAAGUCUUCCUCGGCCGCAGCAGCAGAAGCAUCAUGAUAGCCACCAUCUCCCCCGCGUCUUCGUGCUGCGAGCAGACGCUCAACACGCUGCGCUACGCCUCCAGGGUGAAGAACUUCCGGCAGCAGCAGCAGCUGCUGCCGGCCGCCGACCCGCUGCUGCUGCAGCAGCAGCAGCAGCAGCAGCAGCAGCAGCAGCAGCACGACAACGCGCACUCCCCCCCAAGCCCGCUCGCAGCUUCACUCACAGACGAAGCUUCCGCCGAAUUCAGAAGCUGCGGGGGCCUCAGCUCUUCAGAAACUUCUCCCCGGCUGCCCCCCCCCACCCCCCUGGGGCCCUAUGGGGGCCCCCGGAGGGGCCCCCGCUCCUCCACUUUGGGUUCUCCUUUGCUGGCCUCUUCCGUCUUCUUCCCCGCAGCUCCCGGCAGCAGCAGCAGCAGCAGCAGCAGCAGCAGCAGCAGGCCCAUCCGCAGCGCCGGGGUCACCCGCAAGACCGUCUUCGGCAGCGCCUUCGUUGGCCGCGGCCGAACAGCAGCAGCAGCAGCAGCAGCAGCAGCAGCAGACUCCGGGGGAACCGCACUGGGCCCCGGCAGCCCUCGGCGCCUGCAAGACUCCUCAGCGACGGGCGAAGCCAGGGGCGGGCUGCCCCCCCCCUCCCCGCUGGGGUCUUUUCGCCAAAACUUUCAAGGGCCUCGAACUCUGAGAAGAAUUGCUCGAGAGUCUUUGAUGUCUCCGCGGCAGCAGCAGCAGCAGCAGCAGCAGCGGGGUUCUCGGUCUUCAGCCUGCGGCUCGCCGCUGUCUGCUGCUGCUGCGGACGCUGCAGCGGCUGCGGACGCUGCAGCAGCAGCAGCAGCAGCAGCGGUGAGAGACGAGCUGUCGCCGGCCGCCAGAGAGCAGCAGCAACGCGCCGGAAGCGGCCAGGCCGGCGCUCGCAAGGCAGCAGCAGCAGCAGCAGCAGCAGCAGCAAGAAGGACGCAAUUCAAGUAUGAGGCUGCUGCAGAGGGAGCCACCAACCGCGUCGCGCUGCGCGGCAAACAGCAGCAGCAGCAGCAGCAGCAGCAGCAGGAACAGCAGCAGAAACAGACGCCCAGCGAGAAGAAACCCAGCGCCAGCUCCGCAGCCACCAACUCUGCCUUGCGGAAGUCUUGGCUGCAGAAGCAGCAGCAGCAGCAGCGCAGCAAACGGGGACUCCUGGGCGAUGACGGGGAGACAAUUAUUUUCAUGAAGGAGCCAACAGGAACAGCAGCAGCAGCAGCAGCAGCAAAUGCUGCAGCUGCUGCUCCUGCCCCUCAAGACUCGCCGCUGGAUUUCCGCAAGAUGGCUGUAGAUGCAGAUGCAGCAGUGAACUGCCCCCAGAGUGAGCGGCUACAGCAGCAGCAGCAGCAACAGCAGCAGCAGCAACAGCAGCAGCAGCAACAGCAGCAACAGCAGCAACAGAUGCUGCUGCAAGACGAGCAGACGACUGCAGCAGCAGCAGCACAACUGCCUCCCCUCCUAAACGAGCUGCGAGUCCGGCGAAUGAGCGGUUCCCCUUCUUCUCUGUACAGCAACGGCGGCCUCAGCAGCAGCAGCAGCAGCAGCAGCAACAGCAGCAGCAGGCUGCGUUACAAAGCGGGAAGCUGCAGCAGUGUGGAAACGGACCCCACGAAGUGUCUGCUGCAGCAGCUGCUGCCCUCUCCCGAGCAGCAAGCUGCUGCUGACGGCCCCUGCAGCAGCUCUGCUGCUGCAGCAGCAACUCCAUUUGAUAUAUCUCGUUUGCUGCGGCAAAACCUGCAGGGCGCAGACCUGAACUCCCUCAGCGCAGCAGAGUUGGAGGGUCUGCAGGCCCAAGUCAGCGGCCGCAGGCAGCACUACAUGAAGCGGCUGCUGGAGCUGCUGCGAGGCAGAGCUGCGGAAGGCAGUGGGGCCCAGGGGCACCAUGAGAGGCAGCAGGACGAGCUGGUGUGCCGGCUGCAUGAGGGCAAUCCUUGCAGCCCCGAGUUCGCAGAAUACGCGAGACAAAAAAUGGAGCUUGAGUUCAAGCGGCUGCUGCGCAUGCGGCACUGCUGGCUGCAAGCUGAAGAGCUCCGUCUGCUGCUGCGCUAUCUCGAAGCUGCUGCGCAGCGAAGGGAAGAAGGGCCAGGCGGCGGAGGCCCUGAAGGGGGAGACAGCCACUUGGGCUCUCGCGGGCUACAGAUUCGAGAGGGUGCGCCGAGUUCAAGUGUACAUACACUUGGAGCUGCUGAGGUAGCAGCAGCUCCCGUUGCAGAGCCAGCAGCAGCAGCAGCUCCCGCUGCUGCUGCUGCUGCUGCAGCAGCCACCGCGUCCAAUACGGGCGAGCGCCGGCUGUCAGAAUGGCUGGCUCAAGCUGCUGCAGCAGCACGCACACCCCGCUGGCUGUCCAGUAUGUCUUCGUGCCCUAGUUUUGCUGCUGCUGCUGCUGCUCUGGGGGCCCCCCCGGCCGCCCCAGUAGAGCUUGAGGAGGCGAGGGGGCCCCCGGGGGCCCCCUGCAAGGGGGAGGGGCCCCCGGGGGCCCCCUCUAAGCUCUCGUCGCCUACGUCGAGCGUGAGGGGCAAGAGGCCCCCCCCUUCAGGUGUAGAGACACCGCAGGGGGCCCCUGUGGGGUGGCUGGGUCUUUCCCCGCUGCACUGUUGGGGCCCCCAGGGGCCCCUGCAGCUGGAGGGGGGGGCCCCCCGGGGGCCCCCCGGAGAGGGCAUUGGGGGCCCCCUGGCUGCAGCAGCCUGCAGCGGGACGCUGUCCCGUGCUGCUGCUGCUGCUGCUGCGGGAACAGCAGCAGCAGCAGCAGCAGCAGCAACAUGCGCAUCAUCUUUGCUGUGCGUACCCCUUGCAGACCCUACGCCGCAGCAGCCGCUGCAACGCCCACUGCUGCCAGACCAAGCCUUAGCAAGAACAGCAGCAGCAGCAGCAGCAGCAGCAGCAGCAGCAGCAAAUAUGGACCAGACCUCCGAGGAGCGGACUCGACCUGCCGGGCUCCACAGCGAGACGCGCCUCAAACAGCAGCAGCAGCAGCAGCAGCAGCAGCAGCAGCAGGGGGAGCAGCGCCUUUCAGGGCUGCAGCUGCACGACUCGGAGUGCUUUAUGGACAUUGACGCUGCAGCAAGCUGA